AUGCUGUUGCCACAUCCAUCAUCAUUGUCAACAUCGACAUCGACAUCAUCGUUUAGGAUUUCAUAUGGUUGGACUGUAGCAACUCAACUACAAGAGUCUUUGAGAAACUUUACCUACUAUCUUGUGGUGAUCGUCGAAAUCAAAAAGUUUGAUGCUACAGAAAGAAAUAAAACCACCUCAAAUAGUAUUCAUUGA